GAGCGGAAGUGGGAAACUUGCAGCAGAAGCACACAAACUACCCCCAGCAGCCACCUGCGAUGCUCCUGGAUGCUGCUCCGUUUUUAAACCUCCUCUUCCCUCCCUUUCUUCAUCUUCUCUUCCCUCUGCUGUCCCGGGGAGACGCGCGCUUUCGCUCCCCGAUGUGAAGUUCGCCCGUGCGUCACAGUCCGGCUCCGUGCGCGCCGUCAUGGCUUAUCCUCAGGGUUUCCUCUUCCAGCCGUCCGUGUCCCUGGCUCUGCACUCCUGUCCGUCCUUCAGCUCCGGGGUCAUCUUAGGACCGAGGACGGAGGAGCUCGGCCGCUCCUCUUCGGGCUCAGCCUUCGCUCCGUACUCGGGUUCAGCGACCUCUCCCGGCUUCAACUCCCACCUCCCGUACGGCGGAGAGCCCCGGGCCGCCGCCACCCUCAACUCUUUUGUGAGUCCCAGUUAUGAUCCGUCCUCCGGCAUCUCCGGCUCCUUAGACUACCACCCGUUCGGGGCCCUGGGGCCCUACCCAUACGGAGACCCCACCUACAGGAAGAACGCCACGCGGGACGCCACGGCCACGCUGAAGGCCUGGCUGAGCGAGCACCGCAAGAACCCGUACCCCACCAAGGGGGAGAAGAUCAUGCUGGCCAUCAUCACCAAGAUGACCCUGACUCAGGUGUCCACCUGGUUCGCCAACGCACGCCGGAGGCUGAAGAAGGAGAACAAGAUGACCUGGACCCCCAGAAACCGGAGCGAGGACGAGGAGGAGGAGGACAACAUCGACCUGGAGCGCAACGACGAGGACGAGGAGCCGAUGAAGAUGAAUAACGAGGAGCCGGAGUCGAAGAGCGAAGCCGUGGUCCGUCGCCCCCCCUCAGUCGGAGACUCCUGUGUGUUGAUGUUCAGAGACGACAGCGGCAGCGACACCGAUCGAGGUUUCCCCGAUCCGGACUUUAGAGACUCCGGGGACCGGAGGCUGCCCCACAUCCCGGGCCCCACCUCCACAGGGGCCCCUCUGCAGAACACACCGCCGGGGACGGUUAGAGCGCCGGAGCCGGACCGCACGUCGAGCCCGCCGUCUAAAGAACACGUCGACUCCUGCAGCGCCAUCCAGGGGCCAAACCUGGCCCCUAAACCCAAACUGUGGUCCCUGGCUGAGAUCGCCACAUCUGCGGAUAAAAGCAAAGGAUCUAAUGACUCUUCACAGAGCGGGGGGGCAGGACAGCAGCAGGCCUCCGCCAACCCCACAUCCACGCCCCGGACCCCGUUCCCCCACAGCCCCGCCCUGCCCCGACACCUCUACUACCCCUCCCCCUUCAUCCCCGGAUACUCCGGCUACGGCCCCCUGGGGCCCCUGCACGGCAGCCCCGGCUCACACUUGGCCUCCACGACGCAUUUAAACGGAUUACACCAGACGAUGCUGCAGCGAGCCGAGGCCGCGGUCAGAGACUGCAAGCUACGCAGCCACGAACUGAAGAAAGGCAUGACGAACGCGUAGACCCGCGGGACCUUUAAACCUUCCGGCAGUGUUUGAGGAUUCUCCUCGGAAACGUCCCGGAUAUCAAAGAAAACUAUUUAACACAGACAAACGGCUCCGCAGAGGCCUCUGACUUUUAUUUAGAAACACAAAUAUUCAAUUUUAGACGGCGUUUUUCUAUGUUGAUAAGAUGUAAUCUUUGUAGUGCGUUUCUGCACAGAACAUGAAGUAUCAUUAAAAGAUA